UGAGAAAAAAAUGGCGGCUAACACUUUAUUUUCGCAUGCAGCAUGUUACCAAGAAUGAAUAUAAGUCUUUUUAUUGUCACUCUAACUUAUUCAUGAACUAUAUUUAUUUAUUUAUUAUUUAAUUAUUUAUUUUCUUUAACAUAUUAAAUAGAAGCGAAAAUGUAGCUAUUUCAUUUUAUUUCUAUUUUAUUUUUGUUUUUAAAUAAUUUUGGGGGGAUUUUUUGGUUAUUUUUUUUUUUUAAUAUUUAAUUUAAAACAGUUUUGCACUUGUUUAGUUUUAGUUUGCCCCAAAACAUUGACUUUUUUUUACCCAUCCAAUACAGUAUAAGAAGUCUUUUGUAAACCAACCAAGCGUGUUAUUAAUGCAUUUAUCAUGCUCGUAAAUUCAAUUGUUGAAGUAUCUGCCUAGAAAGGCAGUGGUUUUAAAUUUAAUGAUAGAUACAAAUGUUUGCCGAAACUCUUCGAUAGAUAUUUAUUUUAUAUAUCAUUUUGUAUAUUUUGAUUCUUAAUAUUUCCGAAUAUAUUUAUAUAAGAACCUAAAUAUAUCGAUAGCCACAUAAAAAUAAACAACCUUAAAGAUUUUCUUACGGUUUUUUCUUGUAAGAAGACUAUUAAAACGUUAUCAAUAAAUUAAUAAAACGGCUUUAAAAUCCUACCAGUGGACAAUAUUUCCAUAAUAGUGUUAACUUUUUUAAAUAAAUUAUAGUUUAAGCUUAUUAAAUUUGGAGGUGGUUUUAAGGAGUAAUGAACGUGUCAUAAGGAAUCGGCAAAUUUUAAUGCUAAUUCCAGUUUUCCCCCUCUACUUCUCUCCCACUCCGCUCCUCUUUAGAGAAACACGAAUGCUUAUUUGUAUAUGUGUCAAAGACGAUAACAUUAAAUUUUUGUGACCCAGAUGUUAAUUUAGAGAACGAAUUAGAAGCUGCCGUUCUUUGGUUUCUCAAGCACAUUUGGAGUAGUUUACGGCAAAAAUAAAAAAUAAAAACGUUUAGAAUCAGUUUCUUAUAUUAAUUAAGAAGAGUACGCUGGCAUAUUCUGGUUUUAAAAUAAUAAGAAAUUAAAACAAGUUAUGAGUUUGAGAGUUUAUCUUAAUCCAUAAAACGGGAGAUUAAUAGGUAAUUAAUCCCUUCUAUAGAAAAAGUUGUAUUUCUUUAUAAAUUACUAUCAUCAUCAUUUGAAGCCAAGCCUAUAAAAAUAGAGCCUUGCUUUGCUUGAGCAAGAUUUUCCUUGCCUAAUCAAGAAGUGAUUCUCAUUUUCUUGCUUUAAAUUCAAACAUAUGCACCUUUUAAACAGGAUUAAUAUUUAUCUCCUGAAUAAAAUUUGAAACUAGCCUUUUAUUGAUUUUUAAUCCAAAGAAAAUAGGGCAUUUUUUAAAAAAUUAUUAUUUGUGCAGGGUAUCAUAAACAGACCCAAUAAUAGUUAACACAUUGAAGCAAUAGACAUUUCACGUUUCUUUUUAACUCUAAACUGCAGUUAACUUUUGUGAGGUAUGUAUAUAUAUUGCAGAGAUAACCAAAGGAGAGAGACAGUGUAAACAACACAUACAUAUCUAUAUAUAUAUAUAUAUACACACACACGCACACGUGUGCCUAUGUGUAUAUGAAGACAAUUGAACAGAUUGGUAAAUAGUACAGCUGUAUUGGAAUUUUAUUUUUCUUACUUUAUUUUUUUAAUAAUGAGAUAACCUUUACUUUAAAACCUGAUUAUAAAUCACUUCCAUUGUAAAACAAGUGAUGAAUUUAAUGUAAAAUAAAUACAAAAACUAUAUAAUUGAAAUAAUAAUAAUAAUAAACUAACUUAUUCAUUCCUGGAUUAGUCGCCUUUCUCCACGUCUGAAUUCAUAAACGGCUGCCAAUGUACCAUAACAUUGUUGAAGUUACUGUCAGAUUCAUGAAUAAAACAUGACUUUGAACAAAAUACUUAGAAAAUGCAUAAAUAAAUAACAUUUAACACUACUUUGUGGCCUAACAAUACAUAUUUUGGACAUUGGAUUUUAUUUCAUUUCUCUCCCUCUUUCUGCUACAAUUCUGAUUAAAGAGAAAAAAAAUUAUUCUUUUGUUAACAUUUUUGGUAUAUAAGAAGCAGAAAAUCCCAGAAAACUUUCUUUUGAGAACAACUUUCAACCGACAAUGAAUCUCUAACUUGUUACUUUUUGAAAGAAUCCUCACAUGGAAUUAAAUAUGUUUUUAACUUUGACACAUCUGGAAUAGAAAGUAGAUAUUAAAGGAAUGUUUACAUCUGAAGAAAUAGGAUGGUUUGAAAACCACCAACAGUACACUGCUGCCAAUAUGGAUUUCUCCGAGCCCAUAGAUAACUGCUCAAAACGAAAGCGAACUCGUGGAAAUCUACCGAAGGAGGCUGUUGAUUAUCUUAUGAAAUGGCUGUAUCAGAACAGAUUUCGUGCCUACCCUUGUGAAGAAACAAAGCGAAAGAUGGCCAAAGACACUGGUCUGACAAUCCAGCAGGUCAAUAACUGGUAUAUCAAUGCUAGGCGUCGUAUUCUACCAGCUCUUAUAUCAAGUGAAGGCAAAGAACCACGAGAUUACCGAAUCACACGAAGACGUCUGGCAUCUUACUCCUCUGAUCAAAGCCCAUCUUCACCAGCACCAUCAUCUCCGGCAUCAGCUUCUAGUGGCCUUCCAGCGACUCGUGCCGACAGCCCUGCACCUCCUUCCAAUGCUUCGACUUCAUCUUGCCGCCAGACACCAACCCCACCGUCUUCACUGACUCCCACUAGUCGAUCGCAUCUGGCUCAGCCGCCAUAUUUACCUCUGCCACCCCCUUAUUCCUUCAACAGCACCACACCGGAUUGCCAAGUUGGUAAUGAUAAUCACGACAGAACAUCAGAAUCGUUCCAGGACUAUCAAUCAAACCUCUAUCAUCGUUAUCCGCUUCAUUUUCAUUCUCGUCAGUACGAACCAACUACUGCUGAUUACCCGUGCAACCUUAUCUACAACAACAGCAACCACAAUCACAAUGUUUUACAAAUUGAUCCCAACCAACCCACGGACCAGUUGUUACGUAACCGAUAUGGUAAUACAGAGAGCCAUUUCCGUGUUCUAGAAUUUAAUAUGAUAUAAGAUAUAUUCAUAAUGUAUUUAUUUUUUUAAAUAUCUGCUUAGGGUUAUGGUUGGUAUAUUUCUCUUCAAAUGCUGAAUACAAAAUAUAUUUCUUAAAUUGAGAACCAAGAAGAAAAUAUAUUUUCAAUAUU